GGUGCCGGGUGUAGAGUUACCCGCGGCCGCGCUCAGGCUUGCCCCGAGCGGCGUCCGGGCUGCGCCCGCAGCUCCUCCGCCGAGGAGGGCUCGGCCCCGCGGUCCCCCUCCGGCCUUCCUCGGCCUCUCCCGCCCCUCGACGCCGCGGCCUGGAGCUGCAGCCCUGCGCGCCCAGACCCGCGGCCGCCCGGAACAGCCGGCCGCAAGGGCCGGGAUGGGGCGGCUGAGGUCGCGGCUCCUCCACCCCUUCCGCUGCCCCCUCCCGCGCCCGCGCCCUCGCUUCUCCUCCCGCGCGGCGGGGCGCCGGCUCGGCCUCUUCCCCUGCGAGUGCAGCCCCGGAGGCGCGGCUGAAGGCGCUGGCCGGCUCGGCGCUGGCCGAGGGAGCCGGGAUGGAGGGGACGGAGGCGGCGGCCGAGCCUGCCGGCGGGAGCCCUCAAAGGCCCAAGACAGGGAGCAGAACAACCAGCCCCAUACAGGCAUUGUCAGCUGUGGAGAGAAAUGGUCCUGAGCCACAGCUGGAUAGUGGCCCCCUCUUAAGGCCCUGGCCCUUCCCUAUCCCCCAGCCUCCCAGGCUGGAUGGUGUGCAGCUCCAUGGACCCUCUGUGUUGGAGUCCAAGGUGAGGGCUUUGAAGGAGAAAAUGACAGCGGGUAAACAGGGCGUGAGCCCCACCCCUGAUGAGCACCCCAAGUGCCGACGAGUGAGGCCUGCACAAGUCCUGACAGCAGAAGACUCUCCCCUGCCAGGUGCUGUGGUGGUGCCCGAUGCUCAGAACCCGGCUGGUGAGCAGCUGGACAACAGUGUCAACAAGGAAGAACCCACUAGGAAUGGGGGCUCCAGGCCUCCCGGACCUUCCACCCGAGAGCUUGCAUGUUGGGAUGGGCAGAGCCCGUUGCCUCUAGAAGCGGAAUGGAUGUUACCAGAGCGCGAGAGGCAUCUACCGCUGGGAACUGACGCCUUGGCAGGAAGCCCUAUCCACAGAAUUACUCCAGGCUGGCCAGCUGAUCCUGGUCCUUGUAAAAUCACCUGCAUGCGCAGCCUGAAGAAAGGAAGGCCAGACCCUCUUCCAGAUGGUCUGGUCACAGCAGGAGACUUGGACAGCACAUCUUUGGUCCUUGAGGAGGCCUUUGUCCCAAGGACAGGCCUACAGGCGACACUUUGGAAAGCUGGAGACCUGGGGGCUCUGGGCACAGAGGGUAGUGCCCUGUCCUUGUCUGACCAAGUAGAGAGGAACCGUCUGCUGCUGCAGGAGAUGCUGAAGGUUUCAGGACAGAGUUCCCCCAAGAUGGCACUUCCAGCUUGGAACAAAACUGUACCAGAACAACCAGCAGUGGACAUGGGCUGGGAACCAGGCGUCGUCCGACCGGAUUCAGAGCAGAACAGGACCUUUGGUCCCAAGCCCGAGGCCGUGCUGAGCACCAGCAAUGAGGAUGCCAAGCAUCUGCUGCAGCGUGCCCGCAUGAAGGCCAGGACCCGGCCCCUCCGCGCCAGUCAUGAUAUCGUGCCCACCGUCACUCAGGGCAGCCGAGCUGGCCGGAGGAGUCCAGCCCUGGGUGACAGGACCACCUUCACCUAUGGAGAAAGCCUCCCGUGCAGCAGCCUGGGUGACUCCUCCAGUGGGGAGUCUGGCAGUGGGCAGUGGCCCAAGCAGGGCAUGGCCCUGUCACACGUUCGCUUUGCAGAUGAAUCUGCUUGUGAAGCUGAGAUCCGCCACUUGGAGCGGCUGGAGCGGCUACAGCAGCGCCAGCGCCAGCGCCAGGUGCUGAGCACAGUGCUGCAGGCCGUGGGCCAGGGCCCCUUGCACUCCAAGCCAGACCUUGCAGACUAUAUCAAUGGCAGGGUGAGGAUGGGUGCAUUGCACAGGCCGGGGGACAGCACAGACUGCAGGGGCCAUGCUCUACCACUACCCGACUGGGCCAGCAAGAAGUGCCAAGCCUCCAGCAACUGCCCUGAGAGCCAACGCCUGGACCCAGCUGUCCUUGGGGAGCUCCAGGCUGCCUGUGGGGUGGAGGGCAUGCUGCCAGGGUCCCGCAGUUCCCAUGGCCUGAGCUCGCAGUGCUGGCUCCUCCCUGCUGAGCCAAGGCUCCACACAGAAAGGAUCCGGGAAACACAUAUAGGGGAGCCCACCACGUGCCCCGAGGAGGGAGGCUGUGCCCUGGAUGGUAAAGACUCCUCAGACAGAUGCUGGGCCCACAGCAGAGCAGGUAGGCUGGCCCAUGGCAGUAGCCCCAGAGAGCGGGACUCCAGGCCGCAGGGAAGCCUCAGGUGGUCCAGGAAGGCAAAGAUGGAGCUUCUCUAUGGUCUUCAGGCCUGGCAUCACCCGAAAGGGGUCGAGAACAUGGAGGCGGGACAUGAAGUGAAAGAAGGAGCCGAACAGAGGCUUGUGGAGACUCAGUUUCUGAAAGAAGAUGCUGUCUCUCAGCCUCCUCCCUUGGAACCUGAGAUGGCUGCCUUGGUCCCCCACAAGCAGCCUGGACCAGAGCUGGGAAGUCACCAGGCUCACCCUGUGCACUCCCGGGCUGCAUGCAGGCCAGCCUGUGCCACAGCACUGUCCAUGAAGUUGGCAUCUUCAGGGCCAGGUAGAUUGGAGAGCCACGAGAAUCUGGAAACAGCCAGCACUUCCUCCCUGCCACAAAACCAUCCGCAACCCACUGCCCCCAGGCCAACCCAGCGGCCGGACACUCUUCACUGCCCUGCAGGCUGGACUCUUACCAGAACCACCUCCCCUGGGCCUCACAGAGAGGCAGGGCUGGCUGGACCCUGCAGGCUAGGGGAGCAGGAAGAACCUGCGGGGAUCGCGCUGCCACUGUCUCAUCCAAGAACUGGGGUUCUCAGGACCUGUGGACUCAGCCCUGCACAGAGUCAGCCCUGCAUCCCCCCAGUCACGUGUCCCCUGCUGGGCCUGUCUGCCAACAGCUGCAAUAGCUGCAGUCCUCUGGGGCAGCAGGAGCCCUGGCAGACAGCUGUCCACGGGGGCAGAGAAGAGAGGAUCCCCUGCAGCCAGGAGCUGGAUCCACCCUUCGAAAGCAGCGGAGCUGCGUGUCUGAGGAUGACCAGUCUGACACAGGAGGGAUGCUCUGUUUCAGGAGGAUGCCAGGGCUCUGUUGACUUAGCAGACGCUGCCACCCUCCACUCCAUGGGCAUCACCCUCUGCCUGACCUCAGAGGAGCCAGAGUCCCAGCAGGAAGCCCAGGGAGGCCUGCAGAGGACAGAGUCCAGUUCCAGUUCUGGGGGGCACACACCAUGCGGAGUAUCACCAGUGGCUGUUGCAGGGCCCAGGCCACCCUUGGCUUCACCCUCUGACAGGAAGAAGAAAAGGAGCAGCAGCAUCACCUCCUCCCUGGGACUGAAAAAGCUCUUCUCCGCUCUGGGCCCAACGUCCCGGCCCAAGCUGGGCAAGUCCCACAGCUACAGUGUGGAGCAGCUACAGCCUGAUGCACCUGGCUUGGCUUCACACAGCAGUACCCCCAAAGUAAAGAGAGCCCCAUCAUUGCAGUCCCUGAGUCCGGUGUCUCCCUCCCGCCAACAUCGGAAAGCUGCCUCCUUUCAGAACCUCCACUCUCUACUGAGUGGCAGGGGGGACCGGUCCAGCCUCUAUGUGGUGGAGGGCCCAGGGUACCCCAGUGCACCUGGCAGGCGCGCCCUCAGUGUGGAGGAUGUUGGUGCCCCCAGCCUGGCUCGCACUGUGGGCCGCGUGAUGGCAGUGUUCCCGGAUGGCACAAGCCAACUACAGCUGCAGCGUUCCCCUGAGGGCACCUUUGGCUUUCGUGUGGGCUCCGGGAAUGGACGCAGGGACUCAGGGCUCUACGUGCAGGAGAUGGCUGACCUGGACACCGCCAAGCUCUACUCGGGGCUGCUCGGGGUGGGGGACGAGAUCCUGGAGGUGAACGGGGCCAAGGUUGCAGGGCUGAGCUUGGCUUAUAUCCAGGAGCUCCUGGCCCAUUCAGAGAGCUUAUCAGUUCGUGUCCUGAGGCAGAGGCCUGUCCUUCAGUGACCGGGAAAAGCUGUUGCCCCAACAACCACCCCCUCAGGAACCCUGAGCUGACUGGGAAUGCACAGAGCUGCUUUGUGGACCGAAGAUGGGGAUUGUAGCGGCAUCCAGCCCUUCAGGCUGUGGCAGGACUGCUGUGAUUGACUACCCAAAGGACAGGCAAGGAGCCUGUGAAUGUAUUUUGGUAGGGCCAUUAAUUUAUGCUGCAGAACUGGGGAAAGAGAAUACUGGUUUCUUUCUAUUACAGGGAUGGCAACAUCCACUGUCCCUUUGUUGUGGGGGAGGGGAAGGAGCUUCAGGAGUUCCCGUGGCUGGCGUGGGAGAGCUGGCCUCACCUUCAGGUGCCACUCCUGAAAAGGCUGGGCCAGCCUCCAGCACUCCAGAGAGUGGAUACUAAGGCCCCACGCCCUUCCAGCCCCAUUCUCCUCGUUCCCACUCGCACCACCUUUGCUCUUCAUCCAGAAAGAAAGGGGCAGGCGUCCUGGCGCAGCAGUCCCCCAGCCAGAGAGCAUGCAUGCCAACGCAAACAUCAGAACACAUGCUCUGAUGAGUUUUUGGCCCUUCUGGAUGUGGGAACAUCUGGGAGAUGUUAACUGGUAGCCAGAAUAUUAAAAAUUUCCUAGAAAUUUUUAUGAUAUAUAAAGUUAAAGGGGAAAAAAAUGAAACCAAAGCCCGUUUCACGGGAUGCAGCUGUGGCAGGCUGGGCUGGCAGGAAAGUGUGGUGGUCGAUGGAGCCGCCCCACCCCCCUCCACGCUGCCCCACCCCCUCCCCUCCACCUCUGCCUAUGGAGCUACAGUUUGCAGCUUGGCCUGGGUCUUUGUUCUCCUGUCCAGCUUGGAGACAGGGCUGCAGCUGGUGUCUGGCUGUCCCCCAGCUGCAGGCUUCCUGUCCAGACCUCCCUGGUGGCAGCUGUGGGUGGGCAGGGAGGCAGCAGGGAGGCUCUAGAGAGCAGGCGCUGGCCACCCCGCCCAGGGGCUUCCUGCUCUGCACCUGGAUACUGCCCAGAGGGCUGGGACUCUUAGAGUACAUGGCUGUGCGUCAAUCUUAAAUUAUUAAAAUGCAAA